CGGCUGGGCUAUAAGAUGGCGGCGGCGUGAGUUGCAUGUUGUCCGAGAGUCCGGGGCCGCCGCCUCGUCGCUCAGGCCCCGUCAUGGCCGUCACCAUCACGCUGAAAACACUGCAGCAGCAGACCUUCAAGAUCCGCAUGGAGCCCGAGGAGACGGUCAAGAUGCUGAAAGAGAAGAUAGAGGCCGAGAAGGGCCGCGAGGCGUUCCCCGUGGCCGGCCAGAAGCUCAUCUACGCCGGCAAGAUCCUGAGCGACGACGUCCCGGUCCGGGACUAUGGCAUCGACGAGAAGAACUUCGUGGUCGUCAUGGUGACCAAGGCCAAGGCUGGCCAGGGCUCCUCGGCACCCCCGGAGGCCUCCCCGACUGCCGCCCCGGAGUCCUCCUCGUCCACCGUCUGCCCACCGGCCCCCGCCUCCGGCAUGUCCCAGCCCCCAGCAGCCGGCAGAGAAGACAAGAGCCCAUCCGAGGAGUCGGCCCCCACGACGUCGCCCGAGUCCGUGUCCGGCUCUAUUCCCUCUUCAGGUAGCAGCGGGCGAGAGGAAGAUGCAGCCUCCACGCUAGUGACUGGCUCUGAGUACGAGACGAUGCUCACCGAGAUCAUGUCCAUGGGCUACGAGCGGGAGCGGGUCGUGGCCGCCCUGCGGGCCAGCUACAACAACCCCCACCGGGCUGUGGAGUAUCUGCUCACGGGGAUCCCCGGGAGCCCCGAGCCGGAGCACGGGGCCGUGCAGGAGAGCCAGGUGUCAGAGCAGCCGGCCACCGAGGCAGGAGAGAACCCCCUGGAGUUCCUGCGGGACCAGCCCCAGUUCCAGAACAUGCGGCAAGUGAUCCAGCAGAACCCAGCCCUGUUGCCCGCGCUGCUGCAGCAGCUGGGCCAGGAAAACCCGCAGCUGCUGCAGCAAAUCAGCCGGCACCAGGAGCAGUUCAUCCAGAUGUUGAACGAGCCCCCAGGGGAGCUGGCCGACAUCUCGGACACGGAGGGGGAGGUGGGCGCCAUAGGCGAGGAGGCCCCACAGAUGAACUACAUCCAGGUGACGCCGCAGGAGAAGGAAGCUAUAGAGAGAUUGAAGGCCCUGGGCUUCCCCGAGAGCCUGGUGAUCCAGGCCUACUUCGCAUGUGAAAAGAAUGAGAACUUGGCUGCCAACUUCCUUCUGAGUCAGAACUUCGAUGAUGAGUGAUGGAUGCUGGGAGGCCGGGCCGCCACUGUCCCCCUGCCUGCCCGCCCCCUCCUGCCCUGCCCCUUCUCCCCUCCACAGAAUGUUUUAUAAAAGAAAAAAAUAUAUAUUCAUGUUUAUUUAAGAAGUGGGGAAAAAAAAUCAAAAACCUUAAAAAAAACAAACAAACCAAAAACACCAACUACCAGCUCCCGUCGUGGUCUGCAAGGACCCAGGCCAGACAGCUGUCCCUGCGCCUCCACUCUGGCCCUGCUCGGGAGGCGCUGGCAGGGCUGGGAGGCGACAGAUGGGCCCCUCUUGGCCUCUGUCCCAACUCUCCGCAGCCAGAUGGAGAGGCGGCUGCUCGCUGCCCCCCUCCCCCCAGCCCUGCUCUCAUCACCCGAAUGAGGGGAGGCUGGCCCCCCAAACUUUGAUCCUCUGUGAGAGUGGCCCAAAUUCUUCCAUCUGGGCUGAGCCCCUAGGCCACCCCCCCCCCCCAUCCCAGGAAAGAAAGUCUUGGCAAGGUUUUGAAGUGAAUAAAAGUUUUGGACAAAAAAAGAAAAAA